AUGUCAGCUAUACACCCUGUACAGGAGCUCCGGGAUGAGCUGGUUUGUCCCAUCUGCCUGGGGUCCUUUAAAGACCCAGUGAUUCUAGACUGUGGGCACAAUUACUGCCAAGCCUGUAUCACCGACUGCUGGGGGGCGUCGGGCACGGGACUUUGCCCCCAAUGCAGGAAAUCUCUCCCCGAGGGGGAGCUGAGGCCUAACAGGCAGCUGGAGGCGGUGGUGAACAUAGCGAGAGGCCUAGAAGGAAAAUGCAAGAAACAUGAAGAAGUUUUCAAACUCUUCUGCAAAGAGGACCGGACCCUCCUCUGCAGGGUUUGCAGAGAGUCUCGAGAACACAAAGUUCACACAGUCAUCCCCAUCGAGGCAGCUGCAAAGGAGUGUAAGGAGCAGCUUCUGAGUCAUCAGAAUCAUUUUCAAUGUGUGAGAGACGAACGAGAGAGACGGGCAGCUGCUGAAGAAACGGAAUAUCAAACUCUACUGAAACAGGCAGAACUCCAGAAGCAGGAGAUUGUGUCUGAAUUCAAGCAAGUGUGCCAGAUUUUGAAGCAGGGAGAGCAACUCAUGCGUAACCACCUGGAAGGCAGAAUACAGGACCUUGUGAAGACAAGGAAUAAAAAUACCAACAGAUGUUCUGAGGGGCUAUUACAUCUCGAUAACCUGUUAGCUGAGAUAAAACAGAAGUGGCAGCAGCCAGAGAUUGAACUCCUCAAGGACAUUGACAGCACCUUAAGCAGGUGUGAGCAGGUGAAAGGUGAAGAGGAGGCACCUGUUGAGUCUUUGACUGAACUGGAGAGCAGAGUGCAGACUCUCUCUGAAAGCCAGAAAGUUCUAUGUGAUCUGCUGAAAAAUUUUAGAGAAUUGGCUCCGGAAUUGGGUCUUCUUGAAAACCUCUCAUCUGAGGUUCAAAGACAAGUGAGUGGUGAAGACCCAACGGAGGAUGUGCCUGACAACCUUAAACAAGAGGACACUUCUGUUUGCCUGCUGAACUGUGAGGAUGGUGAAUACAACUCAGACAGUUGUGAGGAACAAGUAGUUGUCCCUACUCUCAAACAGAAUAAUUCAACUGACUCCAUAAAUGUUGAGCCAGAGGAAGCCAUAGGUAAUUGGUUUGACUCCAAGUUCAGAAGAUGUGAUGCAUGGAAAAUCAUAGCUGCUGUCAUAGCUACAGUUCUACUUGCAGUUAUCCUUACCGCAGUGAUUGUCUGGUCAGUGUCAAAGGCCAGUGUGACUCCUCCAGACAGUCGUGCCACCUGCUGCCCUGAAAAGUGGAUCGGGUACGAAGGAAAAUGUUACCUUUUCUCUGAGGAUGAAGCAGACUGGACUUCAAGCCAACAUUUCUGCUCUUCCCCUGGUGCCUCCUUGGCUUGGCUUGACACCCCGCAGGAAAAGGAUUUCUUGAUGCAAUACCAAGGCUACCUUGAUGCCUGGAUCGGUCUCAGGAGGGAACCAGGCCAGCCCUGGAAGUGGCCCAAUGGCUCAGUAUUCAACAACCUGUUUCAAAUAGGAGAAGGAGGAGAGUGCGCCUAUAUAUACAAAAACACCGUCAGCAGUUCAAGGUGCUACACACAGAGGAACUGCAUCUGUAGCAAACCUGAUGAAUUUGCUAAGAGAAAGAUUUCUUAA